AAGGCCUCGUUGCCAUGGAUACAGAGGCUCCUAAAACCUGUCUCCUCACCUUUCUCCCCGCCCUCCCGUUACCAUGGAGCUGUAAGGACGCUACACAGUGCAGCAGGCUGCGGCCACCUCUACAGGUCACCUCUAGGACCAAAGAUCCUGGCAUCCGGGACCCCUGGACCCCCUGGGGCCUUACUGGUCCAGUUUAUUUGCCCGUCCAGGGGUAGUUUUGAAUCAUAAUGGCUGCAAAUUGGGACAGAAGAGCGUCAAUUGUCAACAGGCAUCAUAUGAGAGACAUGCAGAACAGGAUAGACAUGGAGUACGAGGCUUAUCUGAGACGGCAGGAGAGAGAGCGGGAGCAGGCAGAACGUGAGAGGCAACAUCUUGCCGCGUCCCAGAAAACUCAUCAUCUCAACAGCAUGCACUCUGCUCGCAGCUACAAGAAGCCGUGGCAAGCGGGGAUGGCAACACAGAAGCAGUUUUCAGGACCAUCUGCUGAGGAGAGACGGCAAGACAGGGAACCACAGGCCAAAAGCAACCAGUCCAGAUUUCCAGCUAUAAAUAAGAGCAGAGAGGCCGUAAGGAUGAAGACGUCUGCAAGCCAGACCACAAAGCCCAAAACACAAAAAGCAGCGGCAGUACAGCCGCGGAUUGUGGUGCAGCAGAAGAGGUUACAUACGCGUAAGCUUCAAGCCAACCUCAGUGCUGUGGACAGGGAAACCGCGCAGGCUAGGGCCGGAAAACAGACAAUAUGGCCAUCAGACACGUUCAGUGCCCACAGACUAAAGCCUCCAGACAAUAAGAACAUGAGAAGAUUCAAGGAGCCAGAGAAGAGAAGUAAACAACAGAACAUUGUGAUGGCCACCCAGUCUUCUCGCUUGGAUCAGGAGACGUUCACAAUGCACGACCCUACCAACAAACCUGCUCCGUCUCCAAUCUUGAUCCAACUCCAAGAUGAUACUUCUGCCUCAUCGCAUGCUUACCCCAUCACGUCAGAUUCCAGGGAUUCUCCUUUGAUGUUUUUCAGUGACUCGUUAAACGACUUACAAGAUGACCAUUUUGAAGAGUUUCCAGACAACUAUUAUGGAGAAACAUUUGAAGGUUAUAUGAGAAGGGAGGCUAGUCCAGAUGUUAGUGUCUGUAAUUCAGGAAGAGAGGGCAGAUCGCAAAGAACGGAGAUAAGUUAUGAGUCAUUUGAGGAAAGCGAAGACCAUCGGGGAACAUUGUCACAAAGAACUAGACCUAAUACUCGGGAAACCCAUGUUGUCGAGUCCUACAGCAUAGGUUCAGAAGAUGGAUAUUCUAGCGACAAUGAAAGCGAAAGCCAAACCAGUAUUCAAUUUCAAGACCUAAACGAAGAGGAUUUUCUCAAUUUUCGAGACGUAACACCUGUGAGGAGCAGGCGAAGACCCAGGCGUCUCUUAUCUCCAACGCUGUCUAGCGGAUCACAAGAAUUUGUUGGUGACUCCCACCAUAAUUCUCCUGAGACUUCUCAUAACUUGUCGGAAGCGAGCUACAUGCAAAGGUUUAACGUCAUUCAGGCGCCUCUAGAAAAUAAUAUAGACUCCCCGGAUGGGGGCUUGGAAAGAGUUCUGCCUCCUCUCAGUAAUGUUAUGUUAGCAGAUAUCGGAGAGGACUGUGAAGAUUAUGAUCUACUCUGCCAAGACUCAACAAUGUCUCAGGAGGCCAUGGAACAGUCUCUGGUCAGCAGUGGACCCUCCACUCUUCCUUCCUUUGCCACCUCUGCCCUCAGCCCCUCUCCCUCUGUACCAGACAUCCGCAUGCUGAGUGAAAAUUUGGGUUUGGUCUACCUUACUCUGUCGAUGAGGAGACAACCUGGAGACCAAAACGCCGGCAGGAUUUUAGCUACUGAUGAAACCAAGAAACCAGAAGCAGACCCAGAGAAGCUUAGAAAACUGCAGGAGAGCCUGCUGCAGGAAGACUCAGACGAGGAGGGAGACAUCUGCAGGAUAUGUCUCAUGGGAGGUGAUGCGCCUGAAAACCAUCUCAUAGCACCCUGCCGGUGCACGGGGAGCUUAGAAUACGUUCAUCAGGAGUGCAUGAAAAAAUGGUUGCUGGCCAAGAUUACGUCAGGCGCUGAUUUGGAUGCGGUGAGGACUUGUGAGAUGUGCAAGCAGAAAGUUCAGCCUGAAAUAGACGGGUUCAACCUGAACGAGCAUUACAGAAAACACCAGGAGACUCAGGAACAGAACCCGCGGUACCCAAGCUUGUACCUUAUGCUACUUCUCCAUCUGUAUCAUCAAAGAUACGAGGAGCUGCUUCGUCUGAGCAACACCCAGGAUCAGGUCACAGAGAUUUCAAGACGUAUCUCCCAUCUCAGAUCACAAAGGAGUGAAAAUAACACCCAAGAUUCCCCCUGAAUUCUUGGAGGAUCAACACAGGAGUCCUGGCAAAAUCCGGCACCGAAGCCUGAGAUUUCUGCGUUAUCAAUGC